AUGCUGAUUUUAUACGUAGAUCCUGGACAAUUCUUCGCCUACUCAAGUGUACCUUCCACGCACAACGGAGAGGCGACAGAUAGUCGUCCAUUGGCGAAAAGGCUCUUCUCGUCAGUGGCGGCAAAAUUGUUUCGAACGAGGGGGAAAUCUCGAAUUCUCACCCCGACGUUCCAUCAAUAUGAGCAAGUUGUGGCGCAGUCUUCACACUCAUCGCCCGCGGUGAAUCCAAAUGCCUCCAAUUCUGCCUUCCAAAGUCAACAAUCGGCCCCCACCUUCCCCGUUACCUCUUUGCCUGUACAUACCGCUAAUGGAGUGAUUCAAAUCGACUUGAAGCAAAGUAACCCAACUCUGAUUGUGAAUGGGCAUCCUUUGUUGCAAUAUCAACAAAUACCUCAACAACAAUAUCAACAACAACAACAACAGCAACAGCGGGGAACAGAAACAAUGAAUCGGGGCACCAACUACUUUCCAACUUUCAGUAAUCGCCAACCGGAGUCUUCUGUGGUUUACCAAAGUGUUCAGGGCGAAUCUGAUGCAGACAGCCUUGCUGCAAGCACAAUGAGUCCCGAAUACGCAUCGGCCAGUCUUCUAGGUGGACAGACGGGCAAUGGAAUGCCCUAUGUGCCAGGAAUGGUGGGUGGUGGUUGGGGUGUGGGUGAUUACUCAACAGCUCAGCGCCAGCUUGUUGACGUAUCCACGUCAACACAGCCCAUGAUGCAACCUCCCUACUACAUACCCCAGUCUUCUCAACAUCAGCAGAACUCCGUGGCAGUUGCUACAGCUUAUGCUUGGGCUUCUCCCAAUGGAGCUUUCAUCCAACGAUCCCUCUCCCAACAGCAAUUUCAUCAACCUUUCUGGGCUCCCCAAACAGGUGAACAUCGAUGA